AUGACUGGGCUCACUAUGGACGCAGUGAUGCGUCGAUUUCAAGAUAUCCACAGUGUUUCUCAAGAAGCAAUUGAGACUAUUUCACUUUGGGUAAUGCACUACAAGGACAAACGAUCUAUCGAUAUCAUCGUGGAAGCUUGGCUGGAAAGCUUUAAAAUAGCCAAAAAGGAUGAACAACGUAUUGCGCUGUUCUACGUGAUGAAUGAUGUCGUUCAACGUGCUAAAAAUAAGCAUAUGGAUGUGCUUAUCCCUGCUUUUCAACCCGCUGUACUUAGUGCUGUCACAAUGGGAAGAGGCUCACCUUCUGUGAAGCAAGUGAUGAGUCGCUGUAUUGACAUAUUCGGUGAACGUCAAGUUUUUACAGAAGCUAGCGUCAAUGUCAUGAAAAAUAUGCUUCAAUCUGAGGAGAAUGGAGAUGGGGAAGAGAGCUUCGCUGAGCUUGACUCGGAAGAAGUGUUCAGAAAGAUCGAACUGUUUGAACGCGGACGACUCAUCGUAAAUCGGGGAAUGGAGGUGAUUCGUAACGGUGAUUUCGAUUGCAAAGCCCUUAUGAAGGAACGAAUGAGAGAUCGCACUGUGGCAGCACAGCUCGUUAUGGAAACUCAACAGGUGCUCAGUCAGAUAGCUUCAUUCCGCCAUUCUAUGGAGGAACAGAAACGGAAGAUGUUGCAGCUUAUUGAGACUCUCGAACUUGCAAAACGGAAUUUCUCUCAUCAGCUGAAGGAUGUCACAGUAGUAGAGGAUGCCUAUCAGAAAUAUUUUCAGGGAAUACAGGAAGUUCAUGCCGAUUUAUUAGAAAUGGAAAAGACCGGCGUAUAUCCUGCUGCCACUCCUCCUCGCGACGCACCUUCACCAACUGCAAACGACGAUAUAUAUGCUACUGGAGUUGAAAAUGCAAUGCAGACUUUUCGAGUACCAGGAACAAGAGAUAAUUUGGAAUCGACGGAUAUGGAGCUGGACGAUGACACUGCGCCCAUUGAUGUAGGUGGGACAUCUCCUCUAUCCGGAAACCUUCCACCACCUCCAGCUCCUCCACUUGUCCUUGAAGCUCGAACUCCUAGUAAUGUAACUUGUCAACAGCCAAUAUCUCAAAUACCUUCGAAUGGCAGUGCAGUUACUCAACUUCCGGGUAGCAUAGCAGUGUCACCUUUCCAAGGUCAACCUACUUAUGGAGGCGUACAGCCAACUUUUAUCCCUCCGGCAAACAUCUCUGUACCACCUCCGAAUGCCUCUCAGCCUCCACCGGGAUUUGCUCCCAAUGUAAAUCAGCCGCCGCCGAACCUUGUUCUACCUCCCUCAAUUGCCUCCCAACCACCACCUAAUAUACAGGCUUUGCUGAAGUCCAUUCCUAGCCUCCAAACUAUACAGCAAGCUACUGCAGCUGCAGCAGCAGCUGCUGCUGCUUCGAAGGUGCAAAACCCUUCAACGGCAAACUUCCCACCUCCUGUUUUGCAACAACGCUUUGGCGAUGUUGAUGAACGAAUGCCACCAGCUCAAUCACAACCUCCUCCUCAAAUCGCUGCCGCUCCUGGCUUUCAUCAUCUACAACAUCCCCCUCCUGUUCCUACAGUGGCUCCCGUCUCUAGUUAUCACCAACAGCAGCAACCAAGACCACAACCGGUGUACACUGAAGAAGGGCCUUCGCAUAUAGACUACCAGAAACCUGGUCCUGGUGGUGACUAUGAUAAGCAAAACGGCGAUGAUCAAUACUAUGCCGAAGAAGAUAAAGACGGAUUCUACCACAAGCAGUCUCAGCAGUUUCAAAACAGUGGUCCUUUUCCACCCCAUAGUCGAGGGAGACCACGUGCAGGAGGAUACUACAAUCAUGGUAGAGGAGACCAAUGGAGAAAGUCCAACGACUUUCGAGGAGGUCGUGGUUUUGGUUCACGAGGGAGUUCGUUCAAUCGUGGACGCGGUGGCUUUCAUGGUGGAAGUGGCUUUCAAGGUGGCAAUUUCCAAAGAGGACGUGGUCGAGGCAACUGGGGUCGGGAUGACUACUAA